GAGAGAGAGAGAGAGAGAGAGAGAGAGAGAGUGCAGCACAGCUGACCUUCAGAAGAGAAAGCAAGGAAGCAGAGACCCAAUAAGCAGCCUGUUUAACGGAGGAGAGCGAACUGUGGUAGAACGCGGUAGAAGACAGAGAAAGAAACCAUUUCAAAAAAGAAAAGCUCUCAGCUAGAAAGAAAAGACAUCAGAGGGAAAAAAGAAACAACAGGACAAUGAAGGCUGAGCUGGGAUACUGCUCUCUGCUUCUUCUUCUUCUCCUCAUCAUAGAUGUUUGGGCACAACAGGCAAGACCCCGACCUCGACCAAAACCUCCCACCACCAGGAAGCCUCCCAAGAAAGAACCAGAACCCAAGGAGCCCACUGAUUUUCCUCCUGUAAUCCUUGGUCCACCUUCAUCAUUCCCAGACUGCCCAAGGGAAUGCCUGUGCCCCCCUUCCUUCCCAAAUGCUUUGUACUGUGAGAACCGCAACCUCCGCAAGGUCCCGAUCAUCCCGUCUCGCACCCACUAUCUUUACCUACAGAACAACUACAUUGAUUCAGUGACUGCACAGUCCUUUAACAAUGCCACAGAGCUCAAGUGGAUAAACCUAGGGAAUAACCGCAUUCGGUCUAUAGAGAAACAGGUGUUUGAAAAGCUUCCGAACCUGUUGCAUCUAUAUAUACCGAGGAACAAAUUAAAGGAAGUCCCGAGCAAUCUGCCUGCUAGCUUGGAGCAACUACGACUCAGCCGUAAUCAGAUCUCCAAAAUCGCUCCUGGAGCUUUCAACAAGAUGAAGCACCUUAUUCUACUGGACUUGCACCACAACUUGAUCAGCGACAGCAACCUGGCCAAGAAUACCUUUCGAGAUCUUAAGAACCUGGUACAGCUUAACCUGGCUCACAACAUCCUGAGGAAGAUGCCUGCAAACAUACCCAACAGCGUUUCCCAGUUAUUCUUGGACAGGAACAUCAUAGAAGACAUUCCCCAGGGCUAUUUUAAGGAUUUCACGAACCUUGCCUUUAUUAGACUAAACUACAACCACUUGACUGACAAGGGCCUCCCAAAGUUGGUCUUCAAUGUGAGCACACUGCUGGAUUUGCACUUGGCACACAACAAUCUGACUACCGUUCCGUUGUUCAACUCCCACCUGGAGCAUCUCCACCUUAACAACAACAAUAUAGAGACCAUCAAUGGAACAGAGAUCUGUCCCUUCACGGUAAGUGAGGAUGUCCAUGAUCCAGAUAGCGUACCCAGGCUGAGGUACCUGCGGCUGGACGGUAAUCACCUGACUCCGCCCAUUCCACUGGACAUCAUUAUGUGCUUUAGACAUCUCCACUCAAUAGUCAUAUAGAGAACGUCUGCAUUCUUCUCUAUGCACAUUGCACCUGUUCACUUGACAGUACUGACUGAAUCAACAGUUCUAAUGGAAAGAAAUAGCAAUAUAUGGUUUUUUUGGUAGCUUCAGGAAUGUUUGUCUGAGCUUCAAAAAGCAUAUUUAUUAAACUUCAAAUAGAAACAGCUGCUUUGAGCAUGUCUGCAGUAAAGGAACACAUUUCAUGUUUUGUUGUUGUGAGGCAACAGUAUUAACUUUUAGUAUGAAAAUGAAGAAGCAUCAAGUGGACAUGAUGUUUUCAAUCUAUAUUGUAGUUAUGAAUGAUGUACAUAAACAGCUAAGCUGCAGUGGGAAGGCUACCUAGACACCUGUACCUGCUUAUCCAUCUGCUACGCUUUUCUGCUCACCACGGUUGUAAAGAGUGGCUACACAAGUGGUCAUUCUCCCCAUGAUUGACUGAUUAGACAACAACAUAAAUGAGCAGGUGUACAGGUGUUCCCAUUGCAGUCAGUGAUAAGUAUAUUAGAGCAAAUAUAGUCACGUUAAAAAAAAUUUAAGAAAUAUAGUCAAUGGAAAGUAAUUGGGAACAAGACUACCAGAUAAUUAAAAUCUCUACUUAAUGUCUCGUGUUGUUGUUUUUGUUUUUUUUACAUUAAUGUAAACAAAUAAUAAUAACUUCUUGUUGUUGGCCUUUAUGCAUCUUCUAAGCAUAAAUAAAACCUUUUCUUAAAUA